AAGGAAGAGUCCAAACAUAUGGAAGAGGUUUUCAGCUUUGCGUACUGCGUCAUUGCGGCCAGUCGCGCUACUGGGCAAGAGGAUGGCUUUCUUGGACCACGACCCAAAAGGAACUACGUCACUUUCAAUCGAAACAGCAGUGAUAACUAUCAUGUCUGCCAGCAGAUUGAUGACUUCGAAGGUGAUGCAAUAGAAGGAAGGCUCUGCAAACGUGGAUGGGUCCUGCAGGAGCGAGCGCUGGCGCACAGGACGAUUUACUUCACUGAAAGACAGACAUACUGGCAAUGCGGCCAAGGGGUACGCCGCGAGACAAUGACAAAGCUGGACAACAAUGUUGCCGCGGUCCUCGGUGAUCCACGAUUUUCCACAAUCGCCAUGAACUCACCAAGGGGCGCCAAAAUCCAUCUCUACCAAGACUUGUACAAGCAAUACUCGCGUCUGCAGUUGUCUAGGAAUGAAGACAGACCAUUCGGUAUAGCUGGUCUCGAAAAGAGACUCAUCCAAAGCUUCAAAACCCACGGCGGCUACGGAUUCAUUGACGAUGGCGGUGGAUCACUACGACGCAGCCUUCUUUGGCAGAGAGGAUCUGAUUCAACCCUUGAUAGAAUCAUAUUCCCUGCCGAAAUAGACCUCGAAGUUCCUACAUGGUCAUGGAUGACCUACAAAGGAGGAAUCGACUAUCUGGAGCCUCCGUUUGAUGGCGUUGACUGGGAGAAGAGUGAGAUCCAGUCGCCUUGGGCUCACAAGUCGCCAGAUGGGUUCUAUCACACUUCGGACAAAAGCCUGGGAAUCAGCCUCAGCGCUGUUGCUCGUGAGUUUUCUCAGCUCGAUGCCAGCCACUCGGCGAGCAAGCUCGUCUUUGACAACCCGGCAAGAAAUUAUGGCCAAUUACCAAACGUGAGAGUGAUUGUAGUGGGAAGGUCUAGAGACAAAACGCAAGAUGAGCGGAGGUGUUUUGUUUUGCUCGUCGCCCCCAAGGCAUCAAAGAGUGAUGGUGGAUUGAUGGUGUAUGAACGAACUGGGGUGGAUUACAUGCCUGACAGUUGCAUUUCGCAAAACGGCACUCCAGUUAAGAUACAGCAGCGGGCAGAGAAUUUGCAUUAUCAUCUGACACCUUCGCUUUCAACUUGA